UAACAAUUCUUGAUUGUAAUAUAUCAUGGGAAUUUCAUAUCUUUUUACAACUUGUUCCGGUUAUAUUUUUCAUAGUGUAAGUUCUAUUUUAAUUUUUUUUUGGGAAUUUGAUAAUAUUAAUAGCAUUUAUGGUUCUGGAGAAUUGAUAACUGCAAUUUUAGAACGAAUUUAUUUAUAAUUAUGUAAUUUUGUAUCGUUAACAUGCGUGGAAUUAAGUUGAUUAAAUUAUAGUUAUUCUUCGUAUAAAAAUUAUGGUUUGUAUUCGUGACUCUUAAGGGAUUAUUAGUUUUAUUUUUGUUAGAUAAAUAGUUAUGUAUAAAUAGACGCAUAAUAUUAAGUAGGUAUAUUUUUUCUAGAUUGUGAUACGUAUUACGUAUGCAACACUCACUCACGCGAGUUGUACGGCACAACGGUAACGUAGGUAAUAGGUAUCUUUGAUUUACUCUCAUCGCAAAUCACAAUAAUUUAUGCCUUAUGGUUGGAAUUAAGGUCUUCUAAGACCGUGACCGAUUCGAUGAGACAUUGAAAAUUAUAAGUAACAAGUGACGGUUUGGAUAUAUAACUAUAUAACUAUCCUGUAUCCAUAUUUCAUAGACGUACUGAUAUUUUUUACAUUUAUUACGUCCAUUUAUCUAUUAUGCGGAUGUUCGAACGUGAUGUACUUCGUUUCUCGAGAUGUCACUCGCGAAUCAAAUAAAUUUACUAAGCGACGAGUGACGGCAUGCACUCAAUAUCAUUAAUCAUUGACACUCGCAAGAUCGCCGUUAUUCUUAAGUAUGAGACAAAAUGGCCCAAACAACGGACGUAGGUCGAGCGGCGCUCUGCAGAGGAGUGUGAAUUAGUAUGGAGACUGCAACACAAAUUGAAAAAUAUCAUUGAUCGAAGUGAUUGAACAGUGUCGUAAUAUUUCCACGUCCUGGUUUAUUUAAUAUUAACAUUAUAUCAUACUCGAGGAGUUCUCCUGUCGUAGUGUUUUGCCCGUGUGGCCGAGUACACGUUCUGUAGGACGUAGUACGGCAUUAUAAUUGUGUCGAUAUUACUGCGAGUGCGUGCGUCCGUAUAUCCCGUAGUUGGUAGUGGUGCGAGCAGCUAUAUAAUAUAUUAUUAUUUUCUAUGCUGUGAGCGGCGAACCUCAUCACUUUCGUGCCUGUGUCGAAGUCUUGUGCGUGUGUAUACGUGUGUUAGGGUGUGUGUGUGUGUGUGUGCGUGUCUCUAUUUGUGUGCAAUGUGUAUGUUGGCUGCAUUCUAUCUUCCAUAGUGAAAUUGCUACUUUUAAACAAAAGGCUUUAAAAAUUAGUUUUAAAUUAUUUCCGUGCGUAUACCUACGAAAUAUUCAAUUUGUUUUGAUCUGGUUUGGCGUAACCGAGCAACAUUGACUGAUCAAAAUACUCGCUCGAGGUACAUCGAAGAUAUAUUUCCUUUCCUUUUUGAAAAUCAUUAAACGGAUCACCCACAGUUGCGUGGUGGUAGUGGCGGCGUGGAGUGUGGUGGACUACGUGACAUUUUAGAAAUGCGGGAUGGACGUCCAUCGUUCGAAACGCAAUCCUUGGCUCUUUAGUCUACAAUGCAACGUACAUUUUCAACUUCUAAUGUUCGAUAAGCAUUAUGUUGUACAUACGAUACUUUUUUCGAUCAAGUUGUUUUAAAUUUUUUUAGAAAGUGUUUUUAUCUUUGUUUAAGUAAGUAAUUAUAAUUUUUUUUAUAUAUAUAUAUAUAUAUAAAUAUUAUAUAUACGUAUAUAAUAUUAUCUUUAUACCAUAAUAUUACAUUAAAAUGAGUGUAAAAAGAGAUAUAAAGUGUAAACUUGAAAUUGAUGAACCAAAACAAAAAGAAUGUCCUGAAGGAAAAUUUAUUGAUCCUGUUAGUCUUAUGGAAAAAGGCAAGUUUGUUUUCAAGGUUCCACCAGAAGCUCCAGUUUUUGAACCUACAGCAGAAGAAUUUAAAGAUCCAUUGAAAUAUAUUGCUAAAAUUAGAAGUGUAGCACAAGAACAUGGAAUUUGUAAAAUUAGACCUCCUUCUAAUUGGCAUCCUCCAUUUUGUGUUGAUGUUGAUAACUUUAAAUUUACACCAAGGAUUCAAAAACUAAAUGAACUAGAUGCAAGUACUAGAGUUAAACUCAAUUUCUUGGAAAAAAUUGCCAAGUACUGGCAUUUACAGGGGAUCCGUAUUAAAAUACCAGUAUUAGAACAAAGGGCUGUAGAUUUGUAUUCUCUUUAUAAAAUUGUAGAAUUUGAAGGAGGUUUUGAUGAAGUAUGUGCAGAAAAGAAAUGGGGAAAAGUUGCUAGUCGUAUGGGUUAUGUUUGUGAAAAAUCUUCUGGUACAGUGUUAAAAAGUCAUCAUGAAAGGUGGCUUAAUCCAUUUUCACUUUUUCAUGCUACCAUUAAAGAUGAAAUUUAUAACAAACCAAUUAAAAGAGAGAGUAAAGUUCCAAAUAUUAAAGAAGAAAAUUCUUCUGUUUCAAAUUCACCUACUAAAAGAGCUAGACUUAGCCCUGAUGACGAUAAUGAAUCUGAUGAUUAUAUUAAGGAUCCAUUUUAUCUAAUGGAAAAUAAAGAAUUAAGAAAAUUACAAUUUUUUGGUGCUGGUCCUAAAAUGGCCGGAUUUAGUUCCAAGUGUAGAAUAGGACAUUUAAAGUCAAAAGAAUCUAAGAAGUCUAAAAGAAGAAGUAAACCUGCUGUAGAUUAUUUGGAUAAAUAUUAUUGUCAAAAAUGCGGAAGUGGCAAAUCUGAAGAAACUAUUUUAAUUUGUGAUGGAUGUGAUUUAAGUUUCCACAUGCAAUGUUUAAUCAUACCAUUAACUACUGUUCCAAAGGGUGAAUGGAGAUGUCAUAAAUGUGUAAUUAAUGAAGUGAUCAAACCUAGUGAUGCUUUUGGAUUUGAACAAGCUCAGCGGGAAUACACACUUCAACAAUUUGGAGAAAUGGCAGACCAAUUUAAAUCUAAAUACUUUAAUAUGCCAGUUCAUCUUGUGCCUACAGACAAAGUUGAACAGGAGUAUUGGAAAAUUGUUUCAUCUAUUGAUUCCACGGUAAUAGCAGAAUAUGGUGCUGAUUUACAUACUAUGGAUCAUGGGUCAGGAUUCCCUACAGGUCUUGCGCUUAGUGGAAAUGAAGAUAAUACUUUUUACAAGUCCUACAUAGAAGAUCAUUGGAAUUUAAAUAAUAUACCAAUACUUAAGGACUCUGUUCUUAGUUUUAUUAAUGCUGAUAUAUCUGGUAUGAAAAUUCCAUGGAUGUAUGUUGGCAUGUGUUUUUCAACAUUUUGCUGGCAUAAUGAAGAUCAUUGGAGCUACUCAAUCAACUAUUUACAUUGGGGUGAACCAAAAACGUGGUAUGGAGUUCCAGGAGCCUCUGCCGAAGCUUUUGAAGAAGUUAUGAAGGAGACAACACCAGAAUUAUUUCAUUCACAGCCAGAUCUCUUGCAUCAGUUGGUUACUAUUCUGAAUCCAAAUAUAUUGAUGAAAGCAAAUGUCCCAAUCUAUCGAACUGAUCAGAAUGCUGGAGAAUUUGUUGUUACUUUUCCAAGAUCUUACCAUACUGGAUUCAAUCAAGGAUAUAAUUUUGCUGAAGCUGUGAAUUUUGCUCCUGCUGAUUGGAUUUCAAUAGGUCGUGAAUGUGUUAAUCAUUAUUCCUCUCUCAAACGAAUAUGUGUAUUUUCCCAUGAUGAACUUAUAUGUAAAAUGGUGAACUCUUGUGAUGACUUGACACCAAAAGCAGCUGAACUUGUGUAUGAUGAUUUGAAUGAAAUGGUGAAGUUUGAAAGAGUUCAACGUAAAGCACUUUUAGAUUGGGGUGUUACUGAAGCGGAUUUUGUUGAAUUUGAACAUCAAGUAGAUGACCUUAGACAAUGUAUGGUUUGUAAUACCACUUUGUAUGUGUCUGCUGUAUCCUGUUCAUGUGAUCCAAAAAGACUGGCAUGUCUUCGGCAUUUUAAACAACUUUGUGACUGUCCUGCACAAAUGCACGUGUUCAAAUACAGGUAUACCCUUGAUGAGUUUCCACCUUUAUUGCGAAAGGUUAAAGCUAAAGCUGAACAAGCUUGAUGAUUGAAUAUAUUUACAUUAAUAUUUUUUUUUUAUAGCUGUAAAUAAUUUAAGCCGUUUUUGACAAAUAUAACCAAAAUAUGAAAUAAAGAAACAAAUAUAAAACUAGGUUGAUUUAAUAAAAAUAUAUAUGUUAAAAAACUAUAUUUUUGCAUCUCAUAGUUAUAUUAUAUAUUUAAGUCUUUUUAGUUUAGAAGUUAAUUGUUUACCUAAAUAUUAAAGACUAUGUAUUUUAAAAUUUAAUAUGAAAAAAAAAUUAUGUUCAUUAUUUAAUAUUGUACAUUAGCUUAACGUUUUUGAUGUACCUACUAAAAUAGUUAGAACUCUUUUUCUUAUUGAAUUAUUUAUGUAACAUUUCUAAUGAUGUAAUUUGAUAUAUAUUUGAAUGAAUUUAGUAUUAUCUUUUAAGUGCUAGAUAGGUUCUAAUUAUUAAAAAUUUAUAUCUCAAUAUUAUUAUAGUAUUGAUGUUGAUAUUGAUAUAUGCUUAUUAAUUAUUAUCAUUAUAUUAAUUAAGGUGUAUCUUUAACAAUUAAAAAUGUUAACAACCUAAUAGAAUAUUUAAUUUAUUACCUAGAAAUAUAUAAUUAAUAUCAUUGCCAGACAUCACCAAAUAUUAUAUUUUUAUUACACAAACUGCUGAUGAAAUUAUGCAAGUUGGCCCAUUAAUUGAUCUCUACAAUAAUAUAAACUUGUGUAAUAUGUUAAAUUAUGUUUGAUUGUGUGAUUUUUUUUUCAAAGAUAGAAUUUUAAGUUCCUAUAUAAAUAUUAAACUUUUUUAUAUCAAUCUGUCAUCUUCCUGGAUUUUAAUUUUAGUUUUUUUUCUUUUAUGGAAUAUAUUUUGAUCAUAUUUUGUAUCAUACUUGAUUGAUUUAUUUAUGCCUAGUAUAUUUUAAUUUUAAUUAUAUUUAUCUCAUAAAUUGUAUCUUGGUUUUUACAUAAGAAAUAAUUUUUCUGUGCAAAUAUAAUUCUAUAAAAAUUAUUAAGAUCAAGUUGAUAUUAUAUCUUGUUAAAUUGAAUGUAUUUACGUUACUUUCAUUAUAAUUUUAAAAUAAUAUACAGUAUUUAAAAUUAAUUUGAACAAAUUUAUAUUUUUUCUAAUAAAUAGAGCUGUAGUUAUUUAAAACGAAUUAACAAUACAAUCAAUAUAAUGAGUGUAUUGUAAUUUGUUUUAUAAAAACUAAUUAUUAAAAAAUGAAUUAUAUUUUAAAUGAAAAACAACUGAAUUUACUUCUUUAAUUUGUAAGGUGUAUUUAAUGAUUAGUAUACACAUCUUCAUAAAUAUAGAUUACAAUGUAGUACAAAAUAUUUUAUUUUUACUUUUAAGUGUAGUUAUAGUUAAUAUUUAACUGUACUAACUUUAAUUUGUGUGUACUUAAUGUUUAUAUCACUGUUGAGGAUUAAUUAAUAAAAAUACUUAAAACACUGUUUGAAACUCUAAA